AAAAAAAAGAACAAAAACUAUAAAAUAAAUCCAGUUUUUACACAAUUAAAGCGAAUUAGAAGGUUAUGGGUAAGCAGCACACAGACGCCGGAAACUUUGGCCACCGGGACGUCACGGUGGCAGAGAUGGAAGCCUUAGUCAGCUUUUGCGAAGCGGUCUUGCCUCCAGUGCCGCCGCCGCCGGAAGAAUUUUCCGGCGAGGAUGAUCACCACCGGAACAAAGAAGCUCUCCGGUCAUUUUACUCGACUUCUGGAUCUCAAACUCCCGUCGUUCGUCAGACCAUUGAGUUGAUCACUAAACGAGGGACAAUCGAAGCUUAUCUUAUAACAAGACUUGUCCUGUUCUUGCUUGCUACUCGUCUUGGGACGUUACUCAUUUGUGGGAGAGAAUGUUUGGUCACGAAAUGGCCUUUUGUCGAGAAAUUCAGUGAGCUAUCUCUGGAGAAGAGGGAAAGAGUAUUUCAGAAACAAUUCAAAAAUUGGUUCUUUACUCCUAUCAGAGCUGCUUUCGUCUACAUCAAAGUCGCCUUCCUCUUCUGUUUCUUCUCCAGGGUGAGUCCAAAUGGAGAAAACCCGUCAUGGGAAGCCAUAGGAUAUCGCGCGAACCUCGAUCAGAAAAAACCUUCUGAAACUCAAAAAGAAAGACCUUUAGAGAAAGGGAUAGUGGAGACGAUGAAAGAAACAGAGCAAACUCUCCUCGAAUCACUUGCUCAGAAAGGCCUAGAAGCUGACGCAGACCACGAUGCGAUCACCAUCAAAUGCGACGCUGUUGUGGUCGGAUCUGGUUCAGGAGGAGGCGUGGCGGCUUCAGUUCUAGCAAAAUCUGGUUUAAAAGUGGUUGUUAUGGAGAAAGGAAGCUACUUUACGGAAUCGGAUUAUCCUCCUUUCGAAGGUCCUGGCAUGGAUAAACUGUACGAAAACGGAGGGAUUCUCCCUAGCGUCGACGGGAAUGUCAUGAUCUUGGCUGGAUCAACUGUAGGUGGUGGAUCUGCUGUGAACUGGUCUGCGUGUAUCAAGACGCCUAAAUCGGUUCUUCAUGAGUGGUCAGAGGAUCAAAAGAUACCUCUUUUCGCCACCAAAGAAUACGUUUCGGCUAUGGAGUUGGUGUGGAAGAGGAUUGGUGUCACGGAGAGAUGCGAAAAGGAAGGUUUUCAGAAUCAGAUUCUGAGGAAAGGUUGCGAGAAUCUCGGGAUCAAUGUCGAAAACGUUGCUCGUAACUCAUCGGAGAAGCAUUACUGUGGUUCUUGCGGGUAUGGAUGCAGACAAGGAGAGAAGAAAGGAAGUGACCGGACUUGGCUCGUGGACGCUGUGAGUCACGGCGCUGUGAUACUAACGGGAUGUAAAGCGGAGAGAUUCAUACUCGAAAAGAACAACUGUAAAAACAGAGGAGGCAAGAAGAUGAAAUGUUUGGGAGUGAUGGCUAAAUCUUUAAACGGAAACAUAUUGAAGAAGAUCAAGAUCGAAGCUAAAGUAACGGUUUCUGCAGCUGGUGCUCUUUUAACACCUCCAUUGAUGAUCUCUAGCGGUUUGAGAAACCGACACAUCGGUAAAAACCUUCACUUGCAUCCUGUUCUAAUGGCCUGGGGUUACUUCCCGGAGAAGGCAUCUCCUAAUUCAAACUUCAAGGGAAACUGCUACGAAGGAGGGAUCAUAACGUCAAUGAGCAAAGUGUUAUCUGAAGAUUCAGAGGUUAGAGCCAUCAUAGAGACACCAGCGCUAGGACCGGCUUCAUUCGCGGUUUUAUGUCCUUGGAUCUCAGGGCUUGACAUGAAGAAGAGAAUGUCUAGGUACUCAAGAACAGUGAAUCUGAUAACGAUAGUUAGAGAUCGAGGGUCAGGAGAGGUGAAAACGGAAGGAAGAGUAAGCUACGUUGUGGAUAAAACCGAUAAAGAGAAUCUCAAUGCAGGACUUAGACAGUCUUUGAGGAUACUGAUUCAAGCUGGAGCAGAAGAAGUUGGAACUCAUAGAAGCGACGGGCAGAAACUGGUGUGCAAAGGGGUUGAUGAGAAGUCGAUAGAGGAGUUUUUGGACUCUGUGAAUGCAGAGGAAGGACCAAAGGCGAUGACAGAGAAAUGGAGUGUGUAUAGCUCAGCUCAUCAGAUGGGAAGCUGUAAAAUUGGAGAAGAUGAAGAAGAAGGAGCGAUAGAUUUGAAUGGAGAGAGUUGGGAAGCUGAGAAGUUGUUUGUGUGUGAUGGAAGUGCGUUGCCUAGUGCUGUUGGUGUUAAUCCUAUGAUCACAAUCAUGGCUACGGCUUAUUGUAUCUCCACAAGAAUCGCUAAGUCCAUGACCACAAGUUUAUCUCAUUGAAGCAAGAAACUUGCAUAAAAUUAGAUUAUAAUGUGUUGUGAUGUUUGUAAUGAUAAUAGUGGCUUUUUCAUUUUCGGUUAGUGGUUGAAUUUUAUCAACAAAUAAAUUUCAAAGAAGAA